AUGGCGACUGUUUUUGGGCUCCCAAAGAAGACUCCUGGGAGGGUUGGCUCUCAAGGUCCUGAUUUGGAUUCAUCAGGAACGCCUGUAAACACAGAUGUCAACAAUGAAAGCUCUUCAGAGGGCUUCAUAUGUCCUCAGUGUAUGAAAUCUCUUGGAUCAGCUGAUGAACUUUUCAAGCACUAUCAAGCGGUUCAUGAUGCUGGUAAUGAUUCAAGUCAUGGAGGAGAGACUAAUCUUGCUCUGAAGCGGUACAGUAUAAUGUUUUUGGAAUAUAAUAUUAUGGAAGCAUGUGUUAAAAAGAAGAAAUGGCACCUUUCCUGUCAUCAGCACGAAGUACAGAAAUAUGAGGGACUUCAAAAAGAGUCUAAACCUGAUGGAUUGGUGACUGAUACAUCAACAGAGCUACAGUCUUUGGAACAACAAUUAGAAGAAGCCCAAACAGAAAUUUUCAAUAUUAAGCAAAUGAAAGACUUAUUUGAGCAGAAAGCAGCCCAACUUGCUACUGAAAUUGCAGAUAUAAAGUCAAAAUAUGAUGAAGAGAGGAGUCUUCGAGAAGCUGCUGAACAAAGAAUGACACAUCUGACUGAAGAAUUGAACAGAGAGACCUCUAUAAACCAAGAUCUGAAGACUGAGCUGCUUCAGAGACCUGGUAUCGAAGAUGUUGCUGUGCUGAAGAGAGAACUGAUCCAAGUUCAGACACUAAUGGACAGCAUGACCUUGGAACGUGAGAGAGAAUCGGAAAAACUGAAAGAUGAAUGCAAGAAGUUACAGGCCGAGUAUGCUAACUCAGAGGCCACAAUAAGCCAGCUAAGGAAUGAACUUGCCAAAGGACCCCAGGAAGUUGCUGUGUAUGUGCAGGAGCUACACAAGCUGCAAAGUUCAGUUAGUGAAUUAACACAGAUUAAUCAGAGUUUGACUGAAAAAUUACUGAAGAAAGAACUUGACUAUACAAAUCUAGAGGAGAAACAUACUGAAGAAUGUGUGAGUAAAAAGAAUAUACAGGCAAGCCUUCAUCAGAAAGACCUAGAUUGUCAACAGCUUCAGUCAAGAUUAUCUGCAUCUGAAACUUCACUACAGAGGAUACAGGCAGAACUUGGUGAAAAAGGAGAAGCUACGCAAAAACUCAAGGAAGAAUUAUCAGAAGUGGAGACCAAGUACCAACAUCUUAAGGCAGAGUGUAAGCAGCUGCAGCAGCAGAAGGAGGAAAAGGAGCAGCAUGGAUUACAACUCCAAAGUGAAAUUAACCAAUUGCACAGCAAACUUUUGGAGACAGAACGCCAACUAGGGGAAGCUCAUGGCAGGCUGAAGGAGCAGAGACAGCUUUCAAGUGAAAAACUGAUGGAUAAAGAGCAACAAGUAGCUGAUCUACAACUCAAACUUUCUCGUUUAGAAGAACAGUUGAAGGAAAAAGUAACAAAUUCCACAGAUUUGCAGCAUCAAUUAGAUAAAACAAAGCAACAGCAUCAAGAACAGCAAGCUCUCCAACAGAGUACUACAGCAAAACUUCGAGAAGCCCAGAAUGAUCUGGAACAAGUGCUACGUCAAAUUGGUGACAAGGACCAAAAGAUACAGAACCUUGAAGCCUUACUACAGAAAAGUCAAGAGAAUAUUUCCUUACUAGAAAAAGAAAGAGAAGAUCUUUAUGCGAAAAUUCAGGCUGGUGAAGGAGAAACUGCUGUUCUUAACCAGUUACAAGAAAAAGCCCACACAUUGCAGGAACAAGUAACUCAGCUAACAGAGAAGCUGAAGAACCAGUCAGAAAGCCAUAAACAAGCCCAGGAAAAUUUGCACGACCAAGUGCAGGAGCAGAAGGUCCAUCUAAGAGCUGCACAAGACCGUGUUCUUUCCCUAGAAAGCCAUGUGACUGAAUUAAAUAGUCAAUUAAAUGAGAGUAAGGAGAAGGUCUCCCAGCUAGACAUACAGAUUAAAGCUAAAACUGAAUUAUUGCUAUCAGCAGAAGCUGCAAAAACUGCUCAAAGAGCAGAUCUACAGAAUCAUUUGGACACAGCCCAAAAUGCAUUGCAAGAUAAGCAGCAGGAGUUAAAUAAGGUCACUACUCAGUUGGAUCAGGUGACUACAAAGCUGCAGGAGAAGCAAGAACAUUGCAGUCAACUGGAAAGUCAGCUUAAAGAACAGAGAGACAAGCAUCUCGCGUUAGAACAGAAAACCGAAGAGCUGGAAGGUCAAAUUAAGAAACUAGAAGCCGAUACUGUUGAAGUUAAAGCAAGCAAGGAGCAAGUUUUGCAGGAUCUAGAACAGCAAAGACAGCUGAGGACAGAUUUAGAGCUCAGAGCCACAGAAUUGAAUAAACAGCUUGAAAUAGAGAAAGAAAUAGUAUCCAGUACAAAAUUGGAUCUACAGAAAAAAUCUGAAGCCCUUGAAAAUAUUAAGCAAAAACUUACCAAACAAGAGGAAGAAAAAUUAAUCCUUAAACAAGAAAUGGAACAUUUAAAUCAAGAUACCAAAGUGCAGCACCAGGAACUUAGUAACAGAAUUCAAGCAGCAACAGCAGAAUCUCAAAAGAUGAAGAUGGAGAAAGAAGCUCUAACAACAGAACUUUCUGCAACAAAAGAAGAAUUAUCAAAGGUUUCUGAGUCUUUGAAAACCUCCAAAAGUGAACUUGAAAAGGAAACUCACAAAGGAAAAGCUGCUGCAUUAGAAUUGGAAAAAACUUGCAAAGCUUUGAAACAUCAACUUCAGAUACAGACAGAAAACAUUCUUAAAGAAGAGAAUGAAUUGAAAAAGUCACUGGAAAAAGAGAAAGAGACAUCUUGUCAGUUGCAGUUGGAGCUUAAUUCAAUGCAAGAGCAAGUUGUACAGGCCCAAAAUUCUUUAAAACAAAAGGAAAAAGAAGAGCAACAACUUCAUGGGAACAUAAAUGAGUUAAAACAAUUGACUGAACAGAAGAAAAAGCAAAUUGAAGCACUUCAAGGAGAAGUGAAAAGUGCCGUUUCACAAAAGACAGAGCUUGAGAAUAAACUGCGACAACAGUUAACUCAGGCAGCGCAGGAACUCACAGCAGAGAAAGAGAAAACAUCAGUGUUACAAAACACCUAUGAGAAAAGUCAGGGAAAUCUGAAACAGCUUCAAUCUGAUUUCUAUGGGAAAGAAUCUGAGCUGCUAGCUACAAGAGAAGAUCUUAAGUCUGUAGAAGAGAAGCUUUCUCUAGCACAGGAAGACUUGAUUUCAAACCGAAAUCAAAUUGGAAACCAAAAUAAAUUGAUUCAAGAACUAAAGACUGCCAAGGCUACUUUGGAGCAAGAUUCAUCUAAGAAGGAGCAACAGUUGAAGGACCAGUGUAAAGCACUGCAAGAUAUUAAAAAAGAAAAGUCACUGAUAGAAAAAGACCUAGCAAAUGAAAAAUCUAAAUUGGCAGAGAUAGAGGAGAUUAAGUGUAGACAAGAAAAAGAAAUUGCUAAGCUGAGUGAACAAUUUAAGUCUCACAAGCAAGAAAGUAUAAAGGAGGUAACAAAUCUCAAAGAUGCCAAACAACUUUUGAGUCAGCAGAAAUUAGAGCUUCAGGGAAAAGUAGACUCCCUGAAAGCUACCCUUGAACAGGAGAAGAAAAACCAGCAAGUGCUAAAAGAGCAGGUGAAAAAGGAAGAAGAGGAGCUGAAGAAAGAAUUCACUGAGAAGGAAGCUAAACUGCAUUCUGAAAUAAAAGAAAAAGAAGGAGGAAUCAAGAAGCAUGAAGAAAAUGAGAUUAAGCUUACCAUGCAGAUUACUGCACUAAAUGAAAAUAUAGGCACUAUCAAAAAGGAGUUGCAAUCUAGUCAACGGAGAGUUAGUGAACUUGAGAAGCAAACAGAUGAUCUCCGGGGUGAAAUUGCAGUGUUAGAAGCAACGGUGCAGAAUAAUCAAGAUGAAAAGAGAACACUACUAGAAAGAUGUCUUAAAGGUGAAGGUGAAAUAGAAAAACUUCAGACCAAAGUUGGAGAAAUGCAAAGGAAGCUGGAUAAUGCAACUGCAGCCGUACAGGAACUGGGCAGAGAAAAUCAGUCCCUCCAGAUCAAAUAUACACAAGCACUGAAUAGAAAGUGGGCUGAAGACAAUGAAGUGCAGAAUUGCAGGACUUGUGGGAAAAACUUUUCCGUGACAGUGAGACGGCAUCACUGCAGACAGUGUGGAAAUAUCUUCUGUGCUGAGUGUUCAGCUAAAAAUGCCUUAACUCCUUCUUCCAAGAAACCUGUUCGUGUCUGUGAUAGCUGUUUCAAAGACUUGCAAGGAUAA